GGAGCUAUCCUUGUCACUACAAUCGAUCCGUCUUUGUGUUUGACCGCACAGGCAGUAGAUGACUCCGGAUAAACUCGAAUCGGCUAUUUCACACAAACAACUGCUGAGGACUUCAACAUUCUGGACAUAGUGAGCUCGUGAACAAGAGAGUCAUUCUCAGCUUACAUCAUAGCUUGCUCACUGUCCACUGCCUACUAAUCAACAUUCAGGAAGUGUUGAACUCACCAUGAAGUUCCGCGAUGGAAUGUGGCUCGUCGCCGCAGACAAGACCGUUCAGUAUGCCGAAGAUAUCCAUACCAUCACGCCCUCACAAAACAAUCGCUCCUUGUCACUGUUAUGCCCAACUCGACACAUUCGGUCACGUGGCGACACACUCAACUUAGCAACCAUGAGUGUCGACAUUACCGCCGAAUUCGACGGUGUGAUAUCUGUCGAAGUCGCUCACUUCCGCGGCGCACGCAAAAAAGGGCCAGACUUCGAGCUGUACCCUGAUGGUAGACCUGAUGGUCCAUCGGAGCUACUCAAGGACGACAAAGGCACAACAUUGACCAGUGGACGCCUUGCUGUGACUGUUGGUCCCAACAAGGACACCUUCGAUAUCAAGUUCCACGAGUCUGGUAAUCCUGGUCGAGACUUGACGAGUCUGCUUAGUCGAAGCGUGGGUUUUGCAUACACUCCAGCGCUCACUUCACCGAAGCAAGUGGAAGAUCUGGUGGGAGCUGGUAUCAAACACUACAUCUUCACACAGACAGAGCUGGGAGUCGGCGAGAGUAUUCAUGGUCUUGGUGAGCGCUUCGGCGCUUGGAACAAAGUUGGUCAGAGUAUCGAGGUCUGGAAUGAGGACGGCGGCACCAGUUCGGAGCAAGCGUACAAGAAUGUCAGCUUCUGGCUCAGUAACAGAGGCUAUGGUGUGUUUAUCGAUACACCGGAUAAGAUCGAGCUAGAAAUUGGAAGCGAGCGGUCAUGUCGCCUACAGACCUCUGUUGAAGGCCAUCGCUUAAAAUGGUAUAUAAUCUACGGUCCAACGCCAAAGGAGGUCUUGACAAAGUACUCCAUACUCACUGGGAAAGCUGGCAAGGUUCCCGCAUGGAGUUUUGGCCUUUGGCUAUCAACCAGCUUCACGACAAACUAUGACGAGGCAACCGUCAGCCACUUUCUUGAGGAAAUGCAAUCUCGCCAGAUCCCUGUCGAAGUCUUUCACUACGACUGCUUCUGGCUGAAAGAGUUCCACUGGUGUGACUUCGAAUUCGACAUUGCCGCGUUCCCAGAUCCAGCUGGAUCGAUCAAACGUCUCAAAAGUGCGGGAUUGAUGCGUAAAGUCUGUGUGUGGACGAAUCCGUACCUGGGCCAAGCAUCCCCCAUAUUUGCGUACGCUGCCGAAAAGGGGUAUCUACUGAAGCGACCGAACGGCGACAUCUUUCAGUGGGACUUGUGGCAGACAGGUAUGGGCAUAGUCGAUUUCACGAAUCCAGCUGCCAAAGAGUGGUUUGUCGGGUGUUUGUCUAAGCUGUUCGAUCUCGGCGUAGACUGCAUCAAGACAGACUUUGGUGAGCGUAUUCCCACACGCGAUGUUGCAUGGCAUGACACGAGCGUCGAUCCUUCCCGUAUGCACAACUACUACUCUUUCAUAUACAACAAAUGCGUUUAUGAAGCACUUCAGUCACGAUACGGCGCAGAUCAAGCUGUGCUCUUCGCACGCACGGCCUGUGCGGGAACGCAACGCUUCCCACUCAUCUGGGGUGGUGACUGCGAGUCCACACCUCCUGCCCUUGCCGAGUCUCUUCGUGGCGGUCUGUCCAUUGGUCUGUCAUCUCACACAUACUGGUCCUCAGACAUCGGCGGUUUCGAGGGCUCCCCGCCACCCUGGAUCUACAAACGUUGGGUCGCGUUUGGACUUGUCUGCUCGCAUUCGCGUCUGCAUGGCAGUAACAGCUACCGUGUACCUUGGCUGAUCGACAACGAUUCCAAAGAGAAGGAGAAUUGUACUGAAGUUCUAAGGACGUGGGUUCAGCUGAAGAGACGUCUGAUGCCAUACCUCUUCGCGCAGGCACAGGAGAGCGCGGAGAAGGGAUGGCCCUUGAGUGUUCGUGCAAUGGCGCUAGAGUUCCCUGACGACCCGACCGCGUGGUUCUGUGACAGGCAAUUCAUGUUGGGGAGUCAGUUACUUGUCGCGCCCGUUUUCAAUGAAGAUGGGAGCGUGGAGUUCUACCUUCCUCCGGGACGCUGGACUAACUUCUGGUCUGGAGAGAUCGUGGAUACGCCUGGAUGGAGGAAGGAGUCCCAUGGUUUUUUGACAUUGCCACUGUAUGUGAGAGACGGCACCUUGUUGGUGCUAGGGAAAGAGCCUGCCGAAACUGAUACGGAAGGGUUUGCGUAUGACUGGUUGACUGACGCCGAGUUGAGACUUUACUCAACGAAGGAAGGUGAUAAGGCGAGGCUGGUUGACAAGAGCGGCGUGGAUGUGGGAAUUCUUGAGGUGGGUGAUGCUGGCACUGUAAAGGGAAUGGACUUGUUGAAAGGCUCACCUAAGGUUGCUCACAUCGUGAAGGAGUAGCAUAGCUAUGUAGCAGACUUGUCAGUGUAGGUCAGACUAAAUCAUAGUUUCCAGAGGCGCCUAGUGCUCUCUCAAGUCCUGCAAAAAAUCCAAUUAUAU